CGGAUGUCAUGAUGGCCAUGCCCCGCCCACGGAAUGCUUUUCAAGUGCUUGGCUCGGGACCCAAACGAAGGGCGAUGCCGAAGCGCCUAGCCAAGAAGGUUUCGCGCACGAGGAAACCCAAGAGCAUAGACAAGCGGAAGAUACCUCUAGGCGCGACGCCUUCCUCUGCAGUCAUGCAGCGAUACCUCAAAGGAAUUCAACCAGGGGACAGGUGUGUAAACCACGAUAGACCUAUAUGGGCAAGUAUAGACCACAGCUCUGCAAAGCCCAUCGUGGAGACCUUCAGUAGAUGUGGAGGCAAUGCUGAAUGAACAUUCAGAUAGGAGUUGGCUCCCUUCUGCCCCUCUGAUACACCAGACACUAGCUAAUGUGUACCCCACGCUCACAGCACCCUUCCAUCGGAGCUCAUUCAGACCAUCGCUGCCUACCUAUCAAUGCCGGCCCUUGGUAAUCUCCGUCUCUCCUGCAAAGAGCUUGAAAGCGAGACGCUUUGGUAUUUCACUCAGACAUACUUUCGAGAGGUGAACUUCAUGCCCUCUAAGUACGCACUGGAAGCGCUCUUUGCCAUGUCGAAGUCAAGAAUGGCGUAUUAUGUGCGAACGCUUGGCUUAGGCCCGCCUUCCAACGACCAGAGCCCGAUCGUCUUCCACAACGUAAAACCGAGGUCGAAAGGAAAGAAAGAGAAGAUUAGGUCCGAGAUGUACGAGUACGGCGAAGUGAACCGCGAGAUGCGAGCCGUAGGCGAGGAUACGUUUCUGAUCAGGAGUGCGCUGCAGAAUCUCCGAUGGAUUACCAAACUCGAGUUUUUGGAUCCCUUCACGUGCUACUGCGGCACUUGCCUUCCGCAUCGGUCGUAUGGCAUGCACUACCUAUACAAGACUGUUGGUUCAGGCAUCGCUCGCUUCUCCUAUGGCGCCGAGCUUGAAGCUAGUCAGUCUCUCGCUAAGCUCUUCCACGUCGCACUCCACGCCUGCCAAGCUGCUGACCUCCGCCUCGAAUGCGUCGAUGCUCAUAUCCGACACUUUCCUCUUCCCAUAUCCGACGAGAUUCGCUUUACUGGAUUCAGCACCUAUCCUCUGCAAUUUCCCAGUGUCCGUCCGCGAGAGAAUCCGUCCAAUUCCGCGUUUGCGGAUCUCACAAUCCUGAAACUCUUCAUUGCUCAUACCGAGACCACGCGCAAUGACAUCGGCUAUGUACGCUUAGCCCAUCGCAUUGCUUCGUUCCUGGUCCGGGCACCCAAGCUUCGUACAUUAGCUCUGACAUUCGGCGAGGUCGAUGGGAGCGCGUUCAUUCUCGAAGACAUUGCGGGGCAAUUAUCCAACCUCCGGGAGCUCGAACUAAUUGGGCUUCGAAUUACAUGGGAUAGGCUUUGCAAUGCCCUUUGCUGUGUCCGGACACACCUAUGCUGCCUCAAGUCCUGGGAUUUCACUUUGACAGACGACAAGUGGUGCGAAAUGCUGGCCUGGCUCCGCGACUCCAUGCAGCGUCUGAAGGAGAUGCACCUCAGACCCUCUCCGAUGUAUGACCGCAUGGGAAUCUACUACCAGGGCGACGCAUUGAAGGACUUCCUGAACGAGACGAUCGAGCGUUGGGAAAAGACUAAGGGAGAGCGGACCUGAUGUUUCAGAUCUCUUCACGGCUUCCUUCCACUCUGACAGAUGCGGUCUCUCCAACAUCAACUACUUCUCUCUUCUCGAUGUCUUAGCAUCUACACUUCUGCGGAGCCUUUUCUACCUAGAUACAUCCCUGCAUCAGGCAGUAUACUAUACGAUUUACGCCCUCCUAUUCGACCACCUACAGCUCACAAACCCCCCUGAAAUGUACCCACACAUCUUUAAUGUAGACCACAAAGCCAAUGAAUCGCUUCAAUCAUUUUCAACUGCAAAUUGGAAACAUGCUCCCACUCGCUCCUCCCACCGCCCACCUCCUCGCUCACGACAAAAAGUGAAUGCCCGAAGCGAGUAGAGUAAGUAGACUGAACUGACUAUCUCCAAC